CGCACUGAUUGGCUGAUUGAGGCACUCCAUCCUCACGUCAAUCUUGACUCCGGUGACGAAGAAGAAGAAACGUUUUGUGCUAAAAUGGCGAAUGACAGAAAAGACGAAGACCGAGACUCUGACGGAGACAUGGAGGGAGACCCCGAAGGAGAGUGGGGGCUGUCGUGCACUAAGGAGAUGGCGCUGUUCUCUCUGAUGAAGCAGACCGGCUGCACAAUCAUGCAGGUGAACGGGCAGAGGAAGUUCGGCGGACCGCCACUUGGUUGGGAGGGGCCGCCCCCCCCGCGGGGCUGCGAGGUGUUUGUGGGGAAGCUUCCCAGGGACGUGUACGAAGUCCAGCUGCUGCCUCUGUUUGAGAGCGUAGGCCAGGUCUACGAGCUCAGACUCAUGUUGGAGUUCAAUGGCCAGAACCGCGGCUACGCUUUCGUCAUGUUUGCCAACAGAGAAUCAGCACAGAGGGCCAUCCAGACGCUGGACAACCACGAGAUCAAGCCGGGAAAGUUCAUUGGCGUGUGCGUGAGUCUGAACAACUGCCGCCUCUUCAUCGGCUCCAUCCCCAAAGACAAGAAGAGGGAAGAGAUCAUGGCGGAGAUGAAGGAGGUGAUGGAAGGUGUGGUGGACGUCAUCGUGUAUCCCAGUUCCUCUGAUGAGAAUAGAAACAGAGGGUUUGCCUUUGUUGAGUUUGAAUCUCACAAAGCAGCAGCCAUAGCCCGAAGGAAGCUGCGGUCUGGAGCCUAUAAGCUGUGGGGUAACAACAUCCAUGUGAACUGGGCCGAUCCUGAGAAGGACGUGGCCGACGAGGUGAUGCAGCGCUAUAAAGUCCUCUAUGUUCGUAACCUGAUGCUGAGCACGACCGAAGAGACGCUCUUUCACGAGUUCUCUAGCUUCAAACCGGGCUCAGUGGCGUUUGUCAGGAAGCUCGGUAAUCAGGCCUUCGUGCACUACCGCCACCGUGAAGACACCAUCGCCGCAUUGAUCUCAAUGAACGGGGCCAAGAUCGAUGGUGCCACUGUGGAGGUGAGGCUGUCCAAACCAGUGGGGAUGAGAAACAGGCAAGGGGCCGGCAGUGGCGUCUGCAGCAAAGUGGACCUGGAAAACAAUGCAAGAGGAGGAGGAGCAAGAGAAGGAAACGGGGAGCUGCACUGGAACGAUGAGGGGAUGAAGGGAGAACUCGAGUAUGGGUGUUCUCCACCAAGACGCACAUCCGUGCCUCCUCAGCUGGUGAAUCCCUUAUACCCAGGAACAGCAGGAGGUGACCUGGACAGGUGCGUGUUCCCGGUCUUUCCCGGCGCCCCCCUCUCCCCCACCAGCCUGCUGUCGCUGAAGCAGAGUCAGAUCAGCUCUGCCGUCAGCCUCCUCGACUUCUACUGCCACAGCAACUGCUGGUCGCAGCCCGAGUACCACCUGUUCUCCACCCCGGGAAAGGAUGGACAGCUGCUGCUGCUCUACAAGGUUGUGAUCCCAGCUACACAAAGCAGCUACAUCCCUGACAAACUGUGUGUGCUGCUGGACGACGCCAAAGAAUUAGCUGCACAGACCACACUGAGGAACCUGGAAUUGUCUUUCCAUAGCGAAUCCUCCAGUGAUUCUCAAAGCAGCCCCUCUCCUCCUCCCGCCCGGGCCUCCUCUGCCACCACUCAGGGGUUUCUGACCGGCAAUGGCAGGGCCUACACCUCCUGCCUGCCUCCCUCUGCCCCACCCCCACCCCCACCCUUCUCUGCCUCCCAGACUCAGAGGUUCUUCAUCAACUCCCCGUCGCCUUUUUACUGACGGACGUUUUUUCUGGUCUGAGCGUCGGCUGUGUUCAUCAGCAGAGGAGCGAGGAGAAAAGGCAGGACUCUCUUUUUUAUGUCUACACCACCAAACAUGUCUUGAGGCUGUGUUUCAGUCUGGCUGACGUUCAAAGCGGCCGCGUCUCACCUUAAAAUGUUCAGAGGCGCGUUCACGUCCUCCGUCUGUUUGUUUUUUCUGCCUCUGUUUUAAAAAACGUAUCUUGCCCAGAGACGACUGGCGGGAGCGAGGGAUAAUGUUUAGUCUGUGAUGAGUCGCUCAUCUCUGACACUGUUUAGAUCCCACGAAAACAUACAAAUCCAACAGAUAUAAACGACUUCUAUCAACCUCUGGUAAAUGUCAGCCUCCUCCCCCUCCUCUCUGCUGUCUCAGUCUUCCCACAAUGCAUCAGCAGGAACACAGAUCUCAAAUUCAUACACAUUCAUAAACAUUUGAAAAUAAUGGGAUUUCUUACGGACGAGUAUUAGGUUCAGGCAUGAGGGGAAAAAAUGAGAGGAGAAACAUUUAAAUAUCAUUUAGCAUUUUGAAAAUAAAAUCGACAUUUCUGGUUCAUGAAUCCAGUUCGAGUGGCAACGACAGAGUUGGAUCUUCUUCUUCAGAACAGUUUGUCACUCUGUGUUAAUGAGAUAAAGGAAAAGUUUUUGUAGAGGCAUUAAUAUGUGCUGAUCUUACUUUUUUCUUACACCUGACCCACAUAUUCUUCCAUAGAAAUAUCUAAAAAUGUGGUUGUUUACUUAUUCAUUUCCACAGAAGAAGAUGAUUUCUGUUUGAGGCGUUAAAAAAGAAAAUCUUUUCCUUCUCAUUAAUUCACACUUUUCCAGCUGAACACUUUUUCCAUUUUAUACAUAAUCCGAGAAUUUAUUUAAAAUGUACACUAUAAAUUAUAAAAAUUUAAAUUCUAAAACUAAAGAUGAACACGUAUUUUUAUAAAUUUUCUAUAUCACUUCAUUUAAACCAACAGAAUAAAUAUGAAUAUUUUCUAUUUGAUGUGUGAGAGCUGCAGAGGAGGACAAGAACAGGUGGUGUGUUUCUUUUUUGUAGGAAGAGACAUUAGAAACAGAGCAGAGACACUUCAUGUACUAAGUUCUUUUAACAUUAAUUUAAAAUUCAUUGGAGACACAAAGAGACGAGGGUGGAAGUUAAACGAGUUCGUUUUCACUCUGAAACUUUUAUUGAUCUGUUUUAACUCGGAUCAAACGAGAUGCAGAACAAGGACAAAGGAUUCUCUGUAAGUUCAGACUGAGCAGCUGACGGACGUUCUUGUUCUUAUCAAUUCAGGCUCUUCGGAUUGUAGCGUGAUUUUUUUUUUUCAACGUUUUUCUGCUUUUUACGUCUUGUUCAGACAUUUUGUCGAAUUUCUGUAAAAGUGUCUCCGUGGAAAUGAGAAUAUGUGAAGUGUUGCAUGUUCAGUGUCCUGCAAUAAAACAUUAACUCUGUUGAUUCAUUUACA